CCUUGUGUUUGUCAGUGCGGUAACAUACUUUUGCGUCUGUUUUCGUAUUUUAGUUGAAAUUAUUAACAUAAUUUUGCAAUAUUUUCUCUGUUUUUUGGUUAUAAAGUGUCAUUUCAUCGUUCUUCAGUAAUUUCAUUGGGGUUGAACGCAUCCAUAGAUAAUUUUUCAAAUUACGCAGAUUUGGUUGUUGAGCAUCAAAAAAUGAAGAUGUUUUGCCAUGUUGAAUUUUUUCGCGGGAGCAUAUCAAGAGAAAAAAGAACCAUUACUCACGAUGUCUGCUGGAUCACUAUGUACCGAAAUUUACAAUCCUCAAAAAGGAGGUAUCUUCCCCGUAACCUCAACUAUAGUUUACGGUCAAAACGAAUCUAUCUUGUUAGACGCUCAAUUCAGCACCAAAGACGGAGAACAAAUAUUACGAUUGAUACAAGCGUGUGGAAAGCAACUCAAGCUGAUAAUCAUUACAUGCGGUGACCCUGACAUGUACUUCGGUCUCGAGCCAAUCGUCGCAGCUUUUCCAAACGUGAAAAUCAUCGCAACUCCAAUCGUCAUCGACCACAUCAAUGAAACCAAAGAUCGCAAACUAACAUUUUGGGGUCCAAAAUUAGGAGAUGGAGCUCCGAGUAAAUUAUUUGUGCCUGAGCCGACCAAUGAAACGAGGUUCACAAUUGAAGGUAAUUCGCUCGAGGUACGUAGCAGAGAUAAUUACGCGGCUUAUAUCUGGAUCCCGAGUAUUAAAACUAUUCUUGGUGGAGUUGGUAUUUCGUGGGGCAUUCACGUGUUUGCAGCUGAUACCCAGACUCCUGAGAUACGAGCUUCUUGGCGUCAAGUGCUUCAAGACAUGAUUAGCCUCAAACCAGAGAAAGUAAUUCCUGGGCAUUACUUGGGUCAGGUUCCAUCUGGAGAUGAAGCUAUCAAAUUCACGUUGGCAUAUUUGGAGACUUUUGAGAAAGUCUUGCAGAAAAAUGAUUAUAAGAAUUCGUCGGCUGUGAUCGCAGCUAUGAAAGAGGCCUACCCCGGUCUAGGUGUGGAGAUUUCACUGGAACUGAGUGCUAAAGUGAAUACUGGUGAGAUGAAGUUUUAAAAUUUUGAAAAGGUUAAUGUUAUGUAAAGUAUAUUUAAUACCUAUAAGUUUACUUACUAUUGAAAUUUUUGUAACGAUGAAUUUAUUUAAACGUAAUGUAAUCGUCGGUUUACAUUAUUCAGACUACCUAGGUAUUUUUAUGAUUUAUCAACAUUUUUGAACUGAAUCGAAAUAUCGUUUUGUAGUACUCAAUUUCGAAUACAUUUUGUACAAGAUUUAGAAAAAUUUUCAACUACAUAAUUUUUAUAAGAUUCAGAAAUCUAUAGGCAACAUCGUCCACUGCUUCCUCAUCCAGUUGGGUAAUAAAAGCCAUUGGUUGUCCUCGUCCUCGAGCUCUUCCUCAGGAAAUAUUUCGAAAUUAUGCAUACUAUAUACUUGUCUCAUUGAGGUGGAUCGCCCCCAAAAAUAAUCCGUGCAUUCUCACCAAAUUUAUCAAGGAUCUUCAUUAUUUUUGAGUUGAAAGUCGCUCAUGGAAAAUGUCAACUCCGGAGAGGAGAAAUGAGCUCUCAAAGAGAGAGCAUUUUCAAAAAAAAUAGUGGAUUUUUCGCUCCUGUUGCUAGUUAACUAGUUGGAAGAAGAAUGAGAAAAUUUUUUUAAAAAGGGCAAAGUAAUCUACAUAAUUGUUCUUAUCUCUGCUCGUACUUUUCGUUCAUGAGUUCUUAUAAUAUUGACUAACGCAUCUAAGGUCGCAUAUUGAGGAUUGCUUGUUGGUAAAUCCAGCAUUCUUUCUGUUAUCCCGGUUAGUCGAUCCGAAUCCUGAAAUUGAGUAGAAAAAAAUGUUGAAAUGAAAACAGGAUCUCAUUGAAGGUAUGGACAUGAGGCUUUUCGUUCCUGUCGCUAUUCAACCAGUUUAGGGAAAAUGACGCAGUUGCAAAUGAAAUAUAUGAGAUUCUAUGUCUAGUCAUGCUAUUGCCGUCAAAAUCGAAGACCACUUUUAGGGUUUUAUCACUGAGGGCUUCAAAAUUUGCAAAUCGCUCAUUUUUUGGAUAAAUUCGUGUUUUGAAAAUUUCUUUUCGAAAAUAUUUCGCGUUAUUUCAGCAAAAAUAUUGAAAGAUAUCAUUCCUGAGACUAUAAAAAUACUCUGGAACGCAGUAGUGCCAAUUUUUUUAUGUAAUCUUACUACUAAUUUUAAAAAAUUUGAAAAACUUGUAAGUUUUUGGUUUUUUAACAAUUUUUUUUAAAUGGCAGUAAUGACUACAUAAAAAAUUGGGACCAUGUGCAUUCCAAAAUAUUUCCCUGGUUUUUCAAGUAUGAUAUUAUAGAAACAUUUUCAAUACACGAAUUUAUUCAAAAGUAAGCCAUUUGCAAAUUUUUAACCGUCCAGUAGAACCGGAUUGGACUUGGAUUUUAACGACGAUAGAAUAGAUCGACGCAGAAUUUCACAUACGUUUAUUUCAUUUGGGGCUGGUUGAUUAGCGACAGAAUAAAUUCUCACACAAUCCACGAAAAUACGAUGGAAUAAAUACGAUACU